AUGGCAUCCCAUCACGAAUACAUCCGCCAUCUGCCAACGGCGUCCAGAAUCCGAGAGAAUCUCAACGCCUGCAGCAAGACGAAUCUCGACAACCGUAUCCGCUUCUUGCUCGUGCUCAAUGAUGCUGUCGCUUUGAGCCUUGGGUUUGCUGUUGGGGCGACGACCCGAAAAGCUGCCUUCACCGUUGUUGCCGCAUUCCUUGCGGUUUCGUUCGUGUCGAACAUUGCCAUCGUCCUGGCAAGCACUAUAGCGAAACAUCCUCGAGGAGCUCUGAUGCUGCCGGAGGGCAAUCAAGCGCCCUCACUUUUCGUUCUCGCUCUCGAUAUCUUCCUCGUCGUUGCCACUUUCAUCCUGUACAUCAUCACGACUGUUGUGGAGACCGACUCGGACUCAUGGGACCCAGUGGUUAUGAUGGUAUACGUCUCGGUUGGAGCACUCGUGGCGAUGAUAAUGCACGGGUGGCUGGUUGCCUCUGGCCUUGUUCGAUACGUUCGCUAUCGACGCUCCUUGUGGAAGGAGAGGUGUCCUCACUGCCAUGCACCAACCACAUUCCGCGUGGACGAUCCGAGGAGUGCGUUGUCACCAGUCGAGUCGCCAUCACCUGCCGAGGGCGAAGGCGAGACUUUGCUUGCGAAAGAUCAAAAGUAA